CGCUUUUCUGGAUUGUCGGAUUAAAAUCAAGCAGUUCUGCGAACUCACUCGUCGUUAACAUCGUCGAAAAGAAUCUCUCUUUUCUCUGGAUGUCGUCGAAACGAAAGACAAUGAUAACCAGUGCUCAAAUUUUGGAUUACGCUAGAGUGUAACGCGGCGUGCCUCGCAGUUCCUCAUCUGAUGUUGGAUUACUCGGUCAGGCGAGGUCCAUGUCAAAUCCAACGAUAUCAAUGCCAAUGCCGGGUGGCGGCAUAACUGCUGGUCUGAAAACGAUGAGCUCGGUGAAGAGCCUAGUGUGCAGUCCGGAUCUCACGAUGUUCGCCACACCACCGGAGUGCAACGGAGUCGAGGCCGCGGAUCCAGUUAGCCCUACGACAGUGGAUGUCGGAAAAUAUCAAUGUCUGCUAUGCCAGAAGACUUUUGCGCAGAAGAGCGUUUACCAGAGUCACCUGAGGUCGCACGGCAAGGAGGGCGAGGAUCCGUAUCGCUGCAACAUCUGCGGGAAGACAUUCGCGGUGCCGGCGCGGUUGACCCGCCACUAUCGCACUCACACCGGCGAAAAGCCGUAUCAGUGCGAAUACUGCAACAAGUCGUUCUCGGUGAAGGAGAACCUGAGCGUGCACCGGCGGAUCCACACGAAGGAACGGCCGUACAAAUGCGACGUGUGCGGGCGCGCUUUCGAGCACAGUGGCAAGCUGCACCGCCACAUGCGUAUCCAUACCGGCGAACGGCCGCACAAGUGUACCGUGUGUGCCAAGACGUUCAUACAGAGUGGUCAGCUGGUGAUACACAUGCGCACGCACACCGGCGAGAAACCGUACGUGUGCAAGUCGUGCAAGAAGGGCUUUACCUGCUCCAAGCAAUUGAAGGUGCACACGCGCACCCACACCGGCGAGAAGCCCUAUACCUGUGACAUCUGCCGCAAGGCGUUCGGCUACAACCACGUGCUCAAGCUGCACCAGGUGUCGCACUACGGCGAGAAGGUAUACAAGUGUACGAUCUGCAACGAGACCUUCGGCUCCAAGAAGACGAUGGAGUUGCACAUCAAGAAACACCCGGAGUCACCGGCAUCCGUCACCUCUACCGUCACCGACGCCAGCGGCAUCCCUUCGCCAACAACGAUCAGCUCGCCGAUCGAGCCGGACAUUGAGGUCUCUCGGAAUGGCGGUGGUGGUAGCGGCAGCGGCGCUGGCAAUGACAAUCUCGGCCCGGCCGUUGGACUCUCAGCGAGUCCAGCUUUACCGGCUAUCGCCACCGAUGACAAGGAGAAUCUCAAGACUGAAGAGGCCUAUCCGGAUUCAACGUCGAAUGCAUCUUACGCCGUUCAACGUGACUUCGCGUAUUAUCUGUAUUCCAGCAAUAGGGAGCAACAGUAUUCGCAGUCAUUACCGCCGUCAAGGAACGGCACGACGGAGCCUGUGUUCGCUGAUAUCGAUGAGAAGUGCUUCCAGGCGAGCGUAGUGGUGAGCACGCCGCUGGAACAGGCGUCUCAUCAUGUGUUUUUCUACCCAGAGCCGGCGUACAACAACUUCGGCUUGUCUACCGGCAGCAACGUCGACUUCGGUGCUACCGAUUGCUCGACCCUCUUGAAUCUACCGGGUAACGACGCGCGACGUAGGGUCGAGGCCGCCUUAGAAGCGGUAGAGGAAGAGCGCCAGAGGCAGGAAUAUAGCGCCGAGAUCAUCAAGAUCGAUCGGGAUCCAUUGCUCACGCCACCGUGCAGCAACCCUGAAAGCCCGGCGUCGUCACCCGAUUUGGCUUUGGAUCUGGCGAUACCGCCGCGGGAAACGUUAAUCUUGCCGCCCAGGAAACGUAGCAAAAUGAUCCUUCAGUCCAUGGAGAGCGAAUACAGGAGUAGCAGUGGCCUAAUCGCAGCCUCGCAGAGGCAGAACUCCGUCAUCCAAUUUGCUCGAGCUUCAUAGUCCAAGUCACUGACGAAGCUCCGCUAAGAUUAUGUGAUUUUGAAAAUUGAAAAGAAGGAUCUCUUGAAAGAUAUAUAUUUCACUAACGUUUUACUGACUGAUCGAAGUCGAAAGCUGAAAAGACCUAACUUCUCUUGAGCAAGCUUGAGAGAGAAAGUUUGAAGAACUCGAGAGUCGUUGCGGGUUUCGCUCAUUUUCCGCUAAAGUGAUCGCAAUGCACUUGUUCGACGGAUUUUUAACUGGUAACGGCGAUAAAACUGUUUGCUGGGCAUCUCUUUUACCGUUUCUGGAAUUGGAUAGUAGAAAGGAACUUCGGUGUGCCUCUUCGGUGAAUCCUGAACAUAAAACGCCCGAGUGUAUUGCAGCUCGUUGAUGUCUUAUUUUUCCACUCAACAUACGACAUAGUCCGAAAAAGGAUUGAUUGCAUAAAGUCAAUUCGAUAAUCGAAGCAGCAUUUGUUACUUAACAACAUUUUAUAAGAAUUAACGCAAUUUGCCGCGGAUUAUAUGUAUUUUCCUAACAAUUCACAGACGAUAACACUCUCGCAACUAUUUUCUUGAUAUCGACGAUUCGAUGUUCGAUAGUCUCUUAAUGAGGCUUUAACG